GCCAAUUCAUCACCGGUCGCCUCCUGCUCCGCCGCGCGCCACCCGAGCGUUGAACCGGCGGCGUCCUUGCCGCUGGUAGCGGGAGGCCCGCGCGGGUAUAAGGCCGCCUCUGCGCGGCGCGCAAGGCAGUCAUGCGGGGCGUUGCGCGCGGUUGCUGAAAGCUCCGGGUCGCCUUGGGCCUGCUGGGGGCGGCAGGUGGCGGCCGGCGGCGGCGCGGAGCCACAAGGGCCGGCGGCCGCCGUGGAAGGUGGAGGGGCGGACCCGCUGCGCGCGGUGGAGCCCGCCGGCCGAGGACGCGUUCGCCCGCGGCGGCCGCCGCGAGGACGGGACCGCGCCGCGGGAGGGCGCCGGCAGAGGGCGAGGGCGCUGGCGGAGGGCGGGGUCCGAGGGCGGGACCAGAGGGCGGCCGGCGGAGGCGGGGCCGCGGGCGCGGAGGCCGAGGGCGCGUGCCUGGUACCGGCGGCGCGGCAGCUGCUGCGCCUGACCGUGGAGGGCGAGGAGCAACAGCGCGCCACGUCCGACCGCCUGGUGGAGGGAGGGAGUGUUUAUGUAAUGUGUUUCUCCCAUUUAGCCAACAUUCCGGCGCAGCCGAGUGCGCAGAAUAAACAUAAAGAAAUCAAUAUUGCAAAUGCAUGCCAAGGAGUGUCUUCUUUCAUGAUGCAUGGACGUGGAGGAUGCGCCGCUUGUUGGUGCGCGCUGCGCAGAGGUGGAGCUGUGGCGGCCCAAGCUGGCCGACGCGGCCCGACGCCGACGUGGCUGGUGCGGCGCGAGCGCUGGCCGCCGUGCGCGGGCGUGGCCGAGGCGCGGGUGGCCGCGCACGUGGUCAUCGGGACCUUGCAGGCCGCCCAUUCGACCGCGAGAACACGGCUCGUCUCCGAGGAGGAGCUGGACGAGCUGCAAGGCCGCUACGGCCACCGCAUGGAGUGGCAGUCGUACCACGCGCUCAAGGACAUCCACCAGUUCCUCGACUUCCUGGCGGAGACGUACCCGACGCUGGUGUCGGUGUCCACCAUCGGCACCUCGGAGGGCGGCCGGCCGCUCAAGCUGCUCAAGAUCAGCGGCGACCGCCCCGACGCCCCCGCCAUCUGGGUGGACGGAGGGAUCCACGCGCGCGAGUGGAUAUCGCCGGCCGCCGUCACGUACCUCAUCAACGAGCUGGUGCUGAACCGCGAGCAGCACGGGCGCGCGGCGCAGGCCGUCACGUGGUACGUGCUGGCCGUGGUCAACCCCGACGGCUACGAGCACUCGCGCCAGCGCGACCGCCUCUGGCGCAAGAACCGGCGCGCGCCGGGCGCCGGCGCGCGCUGCGCGGGCGUCGACCUCAACCGCAACUUCGGCUACAACUACGGCCAGUACGUGCUGUACCCAUGGGGGUACGCGCGCUCCGUGCCGCCCGACCACGAGGAGUUGCGGCGCGUGGGCGACAAAAUGGCGCGCGCCAUGCGCCAGGCGGCCGGCGGCUCCUACCGCGUGGGCCCCGCGGGCGCCACGCUCUACCCCGCCGCAGGCGGCUCCGACGACUGGGCGAAGGGCGCGGCCGGCCUCAAGUACACGUACACAGUGGAGCUGCGCGACCAGGGCUCGUACGGCUUCGUUCUGCCUGCUCACCUCAUCGAACCCACGGCCAAGGAAGCGCUCGCCGCCGCCCGCACUCUGGCCGAGGAGCUGGCGCCCUCCGCCGCCGCCGCCGCCGCC